AUGGCGGUUGUUGAAAAACCCCAAUUCAUUUUGUUUGGUUGUGGAUGGGUGCGAGCUACUUGGUUUGGGAGCCCGCUGAAUUUCAGAACACAUAUUGAGGAGGUCCCAUCAGUGUUACAAUGGACUUGUGCCUUGGUAGAUCAACUGGGGAUUCAAUCCCAACUGGGGAUUCAAUCCUCUGCGUCUCAACUUCUGGGGCAGUUUGCUUGGUUGGAAUGGCUAAUUUGGAAGGGAAGGAAUGACUAUGUCUUUAACCAUGCUCGGGUAGUUCUCUCUUCCACUUUAUUUCGAUUCCAGACGAAUACGGAUGAGUGGUUCCGAGCACAUCCAGUGCCACCCUAUCCCAGCAUCAGUUCCACAAGGCUAGAGAUGCCUUCGACACCUUAUCCUUCUUGGCAACCCCCUUCAACAGGAGUCCUAAAGAUCAACUGUGAUGUAGCUAUGGGAAUAGGCCCAGAUAAGGCUAUGGUGGUAGCAGUAUUUCGAAAUUCUCAUGGACAAAUUUUGGAUGGCUUUACGCAAAGAGUCAACAUCUCAUCCUCCUUCCAAGGAGAAGCGUCGGCCAUUCGAUCGGCUUGUUAUGCGGCUCGCGCCCACAACCUUUCUUAUGUUGAGAUAGGGAGGGAUAACAAGAAUGUCAUCUUUUUGUGUGUGUCUGAGACUGAUCCUCCUUGGGAAGGGUCUUUUUCUUUUUCUUGGUGUCCUAGAGGGGCCAACACAGCAGCCCAUUGGACUGCAAAAGCUAUGCAAAAAGGUUUACUUCCUGCAGAUUGGGUUUCCAACCCUCCUUCUGGUUUGGCCGCCUGUUUGGCUUUUGCUAGUCUCUUGUUUUCCUGUUCUAUUUGA